GCGAUUGGCUCGCGAUCGCAGAUAGACUGCUGUGAUUGGCCCAACCGAGCUGUCCAUCAAAGCGGUCCACGCCGCUCUCUUCAGUUCUCUCAGCGGGAACCCAAAUGUUUCCUCACUGAAUGACAACAAACACUCCCAAAAUAUAAGCGCCACCGUCCACACGCGACACACUGUCACGGAACCGGCUGCUGAAGGACAUGAGCGUGCCGGCGGCCCUCGCUGCAGUGAUCGGGCUCCGGGGCCGGUGAAGGGGACAUGGGAACAUGCGACGACACGCUCCGCAGCGCCACUGAAGCCACGAGGGUUCGGUCUUCACGGCGCGCAGCAGAACACCGGCUUCAGCUCUCGGUCGGCGCUCCAGGUAGCCGUGUCUGAUGAAGAUGUCUGAUUCUGUCGGAGAGACUGUGAGAGCUCUGGAUGAGAACCGCUCGAGCGCAGACGAACGCCAGCUCAAUGCGCCACAGAGCCGCAUGCACGAGGAGAACUGCAGCGACGACACGACUGAGACGCAGCGGCAAACACUCGGACCAGGCGCUAAAAGACCCAAGUCGAACACAAAGGUAAAGUUAGUUCGGGGCCUGGCCAUUUGUGAAGAACCCUGUCCUUCCACGAUUACCACACAACUGCCUCAAGAUCAGCAGGAUGCAGAUCAUAUUAAACUCUCGCAGACGUUUGACAAAGAAGAAUUGCCUCUUACUGCAGACGAGGAUGAUACAGACAGAAGUGCCAACAAGCUGGAGAAACUGGAGAAAAUGCCACGCAAGAUGCUGUCCAGAGAUUCCAGUCAGGAAUACAAGGACUCCACUGGCAUCGACUUGCACAGGUUCCUGGUGAACACGCUGAAGAACAAUCCCAGGGACCGAAUGAUGCUGCUGAAGCUGGAGCAGGACAUCCUCGACUUCAUCAGUAAUAACGAGAGCCAGAGGAGGAAGUUUCCGCCCAUGACCUCCUAUCACCGAAUGCUCCUGCACAGAGUCGCCGCUUACUUCGGCUUAGACCACAACGUCGACCAGACCGGCAAAUGUGUCAUCAUCAACAAAACCAGCAAUACACGAAUACCAGAUCAGAAGUUUUCCGAACACAUCAAAGACGACAAGACGGAUGAUUUCCAGAAGCGCUGCAUCUUAAAAAGGGACAACUCCAGCGUAGACGACAGCAACAGCGUGACGCGCAUGAAACUAAAGGAGGACAGGAGGAGCAAGUCCAUCGAGGAGCGAGAGGAGGAAUAUCAGAGAGCAAGAGAGAGGAUCUUCACUGAUGGUUUAGACACCUUCCCGCUGGAUAAAAGGAUUCAGGAGGACGAGGUGUGUAACAGCAUCCAGCAGAGACGGCAGAUCUUCAGGCUGAAGGACAGUCAGUCGGGGAACAGCCUCCAAAGCAGCUCCGAGAACGAGGCCAUGUAUUCAGAGCCGCGGCCGUGGAGCAGCACCGAUUCAGACAGCUCCAACCUCAACCUGAAGCCCGGCAUGACCAAAGCCAGCAGCUUCAGCGGCAUCCCGGUCCUGAUCCGCGGAGACAGCUCCAGCAGCAGCAAGAGCGCGGGGCGGCUCUCAAACACAGGUUCUGACUCUUGUAGUAGUGUAGGCUCGUCCACGGGGUCGCUCUCUCGAUCCCAGCCUCCUCCAGCCGCCGCGGCUCUAACGCAGCCCACGGCCUUCCCCGCUGUCAGCUACGAGCCGCCAGCGUCCAUGGCUAGCGCUAGCUACUAUCUGCUCCCGCUGGAAGCCGCGGGGAUACCGGCUGGAAGUGUCCUGGUCAACCCGCACACAGGUCAGCCGUUUCUGAACCCCGACGGCAGUGCUGUCGUCUACAGUCCCAGCGUGACCUCACAGGCCUCCAGAUGUCAAUCAUCCGUAGCUCCGCCUCCAGCCGCUCAGCCCACCAAUCACGUCAUGGCACAGCCUCUCUGGUCCGUCCAGCACCCGCCGCUGUCUUACCCACCGGUCCAGCCGUUCACUGUGCAGGAUAAUCUGAGCGCUCAGUUCGGUCACAUGAUGCUGGUCCAGCAGGCCUCAGGUGACGGCCGUGACGCUCAUGCAGGCGUUUAUCCGCCGCCUCCACCGCCGCUACAUCAGACCGGAUACGUGAUGCCCUCGCCGGGACAAACUGUGCCCGCGCCCACCGUCAGCCAGCAGCAGAGCUUCAUGCAGCAGCAGAUUCCGGCGUGUUACUGUUCGCCCAGCCAGUUCACAGUGUCUGGACAGCCGUACCGGCCCGUGGGUUCUGUGCCGUACAGCACUCGGAGUCAGAUGCCUCCUGCACCCACGCAGCAGCCAGGUAAAUCACUGCACAUGCAUACACACACGAGAGAGAAAACACCACACGCCAGAGAGAGAGAAACACCACACGCC